AUGGCAACUAGUUACAAGAAUCCUCCCAAGUUUGGGGAAGAUAUUUCUUAUGAAACUUGGAAAAAUGAGCUUGAAGUGUGGAGACUAAUGACUGAUGUAAAUGUCAAGAAACAAGCACUGGCAGUGACUUUAACAUUAUUUGGUAGGGAAAAGGCAAUAGAAAUAGCUGCUGCAGAUCUGAAUAAAGAUGAUGGAAUGAAAACUCUAAUAGACAAAUUAUUCAAAAAAGAUGAAAAAGAUGCUGCCUAUGAGGCUUAUUCCAACUUUGAUAAAUUUAAGAAGACAGGUGAAAUCUCUAUGAGUGAAUAUGUCAAUGAGUUUGAGCAGAAAUAUCAAAAAGCUAAAAAGUAUGACAUGACAAUAUCAGAUGCUGUGUUAGCUUAUAAAUUACUGUAUAAUGCUAAUCUGUCAAAUACUGAGAGAAAAUUGGCCCUGACUGCCACUGUUGAUGGGACUUUAAAGUCUAUGAAGUCAGCCCUGAUGAGAAUAUUUACAGAUUCUGCAAGCAAACCAAUUGAAGAUAAAAGUACAGGAAUAUCAGUUAAAGAAGAAUCAGCUUUACAUACUGGGCAGAAAUACAAAAAGCAGCCUUAUCAACAAUCAAAGACAACUACUUCACAUUUCAAAGAAACUGAUCGUAGAUCUGGAACAGAGGGUAUGGCUGUGUCUGAUUGUCCACACAGAGUUUCCAAUGUAAAUUAUUCCGAAUGUGGUGAAGAAGAGGAAUUAUGUAAUAUGACUUUGUUUACAAAAUCAGGCGAACUUUCAAAGAAUGAAGUUUUUAUGACUGAGUAUUUUGGGUGUGCUGUUUUGGAUACAGCUUGUUCCAAGAUAGUAUGUGGUAUGAAAUGGAUAGAUAAUUAUAUUGAUUCUUUACCAACAAAAGAGAAAGGAAAAGUCAAGAAGAAGAAUAGUAAUAAAGAGUUUAAAUUUGGUGAUGGUGUUAGUAAACAGUCUAUGAAAUAUGUAAAUAUUCCUGUGAAAAUUGCUGGAGUUUAUUGUAAUAUAGACACUGAAGUAGUUGAGGCAGACAUUCCUUUAUUGCUUAGUAAAGAAUCACUGAAACGAGCCAAUACUGUUUUUGACUUAGCUCAUGAUAAAGCAUCAAUAUUUAAACGCCCAGUACAACUACAAUUUACUUCAAGUGGACAUUAUUGUAUUGACUUAAGAGAUGAAAUCCAGGGUGUAUCUGAUGAAACUCCAGAAGAUGUUAUGAUUUUUGAAGAAAAUUUGUCGCAGAAAGAAAAAAUUAAAAUGUUAGAGAAAUUACAUAAACAAUUUGGACAUGCUACUAGUGAUAGAUUAAAGAAACUUAUAGUAAGUGCUGGACAUGAUGAUCGAUAUAUAUUUAAACUUUUAGAUGAUUUAGUAAAAAAAUGUGUUGUAUGUCAACGGUUUCAAAGGCCCCAACAUAAACCAGCUGUUGGUUUCCCAUUAGCAUCAGAAUUCAACGACACAGUUGCAGUAGACUUACAUCAACUGGAUAAAAAUUGA